AUGGACAAAAAAAGUCUGCAAGUUAAUGCCGCUUACUAUGAGUUGUAUGUCGAUAUCUUAACCAGGAUAACUGGGGCAACUUGCCGGCAUGCCAUUAAUCUCGGAUGUCCACUCUGCUUCUUGACAAUCUUGACUAGUUGUGAAAAGAAGUAUGCAGCAGGAUAUGAUUGGAUCAGAUUUAGUAACCACGCCCAGAUAAAACGCCGCCCACAGCGUUGGGCGGGCGGUAAAGUUGGAAUCACAGUCAGUGUGCACGCAGCUUUAGAGGUGGUAACAGUGCGUGUGUAA